GGGCUGCUAUUCCCCAGUCAGAACAGAUGUCAGCACUUCAGCGGACUCUGAAGCAGCUACCAAAGAGAAAGGUUCAGCCCCCAGCCUCCAUAGUUACUGGCUUGUUAAAGCCUAUAGGAGAAGAAGCAUCGUCCAAGACACUGUGAAGUUUGAGAAGGCUGUGUCGAAAAAGAGACUCAGCUUUUCUAGCCCAACAUUAAGAAGAAGCCUAUAUCAGCAUGGAUGUCCAGAGGACUGGCUCAGUGGUGCGUCCACCAAGCCCCAUGGAGAGCCUGGAGAAGCAGCUGAGCUGCCCCAUCUGCCUGGAGAUGUUCACUAAGCCCGUCGUCAUCCUGCCCUGCCAGCACAACCUGUGCCGUGGCUGUGCCAGCGACCUCUACGACUCACGCAAUCCCUACCGCUUCUCGGGUGGCGUCUUCCGCUGCCCCACCUGCCGCUUCGAGGUGGUCCUGGACCGCCACGGCGUGCACGGCCUUCAACGCAACCUGCUGGUGGAGAACAUCAUCGACAUCUACAAGCAACAGCAGGAGGGCGGCGGGGGUAGUGGCAGCGGAGACAGCACAGAGACUCCACUGAAGCCCAAGGACUCUAAGGAACCCAUGUGCCAGGAGCACGAGGAGGAGAAGAUCAACAUCUACUGCGUAACCUGCCAGAUGCCCACCUGCUCCAUGUGCAAAGUGUUUGGCCAGCACAAGGACUGUGAGGUGUCGCCGCUUGCCAGUGUUUACCAGGUGCAGAAGGGCGAGCUUAGCAACGCCAUCGACGCCCUGGUGGCGGGCAAUGGGCGCCUUCAGGCCCUACUCAACCAGAUGGAGGACGCCUGCCGGGCAGUGCAGGACAAUGCACAGCGCGCCAAGCAAAGCUUGGGUGAGCGCUUCGACCUGCUCUACGCUGUGCUGGAGGAGCGUAAGGGCAUGCUGCUGGAACAGAUCGGCAAGGAGCAGGACGAGAAGGUGACAGCAUUGCGGGCGCUGGCCCAGCGCUAUGGCGAACGACUGCAGGCAGGCUCAGAGCUGACUGACACGGCGGUUCAGGCCCUGGAGCAGAGUGGUGCUGCCGAGUUCCUGCUGGCCUCCAAGGGCCUGAUUACACAGACCAAGGACACCGCCAAGAGCUCCCUGGGCGAGGAGAGGCCCGAGCCAGGCUUCGAGAAGAUGGACCACUUCACACUGUCCACAGAGCAUGUGGAGGUCGUCCUGGCCAAGAUGGACUUUGGAAUGGUCGACGAUGACGAGUUUGAGGAUGCGGAAGGGGACGAAGAGGAGGAGGAGGAGGAGUGAUAAAACUUGAAAAUAUACGAACAGAACAAAUUAACAAUUUACUACUUUUGAAGGCUCUUCAACCUGAAUGUCCAUUGCAGGGACUCUAGUUUCAAUGUUUCAGAGAUAUUAAGAUAAUUUAGGAGUAAGGAAGGAUGGAAGAAGUUGGUUGUGUCAGAAUGUUUUCGUAAGGAGUGGAUUGACUUUAAUACACAAUGGCUUACCCCAGUUUUGAGUGCAAUAUUUAGGUUUUUGUACUCUUAAACUUUGCCAUUUGGUAAACUAUAUAGUUUUUUUAUACUUUUGUAUUUCCAUAUCAGAUUUAUUCAGAUCAACCUUGUUAUGUAGGUUGAAUACACUCUGGUUGUUUACACUUGAAGACUUUAUCAGGUGUAGAGAUUGAGAUGGGAAUAAAGUUUUGAUUUGUGAUUUCUCAUCUGCAUCUAGAAUGCCUGUGGUUGUAUCAAACGGAUAAAUGCUUGAAUUGAUUGCGUGCCCUCAACUGGCAACAGAAUAUUUAGACAGAUCUGUUUUCGUCGCAACCUGAAAUAAACAAUGCUUCAAAUGA